GGAGGCGGGGCGCUGUAGAGGAUAAAGCGCAAGUCUCCUCGCCUCUCGCCGCUCGCUCCGUGCCUGAGUCGACGCGUGCUUGCAGCCAACGCACUCGCUAAAUGAGCGCGAGAGAGCGAGAGAGACAUCGCGCCGAGAACUCAACUCCCCCCCCCCAUCAUCAUCAUCGCUCCUGCGCCGAGUCAGCUCCUGCCGUGUUCCGUGCAAGUCCAUCUCGAGGGCCGGGAUUGUGCGCGCGCGUGCGCUCGCUCCCAGCACUUGCCCCGGCAUUCCGUGAAGGCUAGACGGGAGAUCUUUGCCUCUGUGUGGGUGUUAGUAGCCGUGUGGACACUGCACCCGCGUGGAAAGACGCUCGCAACCUUUAAAGGUAAAACAAACGAACAAAAUCACAAAGAGCAGAGAGUUAAAGAGCUGUUUGAUUUGCGUGUGUUUAUCGCUGUGGGCAGCGCAGUGCCAGGGCAAUGAUUUAGAUCUUCGACACACACACAGAGAGAGGAAGAGAAAAGGAGCCGUCACGAGGUUGGGCGUCCCACGCUGCUUGAAUUCGAAUAGGGCCGUGAAAAGGGGGCUUGGACAUCCAUCAUAGAUGUUUGUGAACGGCAUCGCCCGAGGAAGAACAUAGGGCAAUUCAAAACUUUACCGCUCUCACGGUCUCUGCCGUUCGUCGCGCAUUGCUUUAAACAGAAAAAAAAGACUCCGCAGCCGUGUCGUGGAAGAUGGCAACCGACGGGUUGCGUACGCUGCUGCCGCUGUCGCCGAUUUAACGACGGAGAACGCCAGCGUCGUCGUCUCUCCGCUCGGCCGUCGAAGAUCUGCCGUGACCUCGGUCAACCCCCAACAGGCCGACGCCGCAAAAAGCCCCAAAUCCAUGCGGCAUGACCUCCCAACAUCACUACAGCACGGCAACCCCGAGCCCGUACGCGAACCAAUUUCCCCACGUGGCGGCCAACGGCUCCAUGGACGAUGACAUCUCGAACGAAACGGACAAUCAAUUCGAGCAGGCGAGCUGGCAGGUGGCCGCCUGGUCGCUGGCCUACACGGCCGAGGUGGUGGUGGCCGUGCUGGGCAACCUCGUGGUCAUCUGGAUCAUCCUGGCGCACAAACAGAUGCGCACAGUGACCAAUUACUUCCUGGUCAAUCUGGCCUUCUCGGACGCGUCCACGGCCGCCUUCAACACCCUCAUCAACUUCACGUACGCCAUCAACAACGAGUGGUACUACGGGGCCGCCUACUGCCGCUUCCAAAACUUUUUCCCGCUGGCCGCGAUGUUCGCCAGCAUCUACUCGAUGACAGCCAUUGCCGGCGACAGGUACAUGGCGAUAAUCCACCCGCUGCGGCCGCGGCUCUCGGCCUUCGCCACCAAAGUCCUGAUCGGCGUCAUCUGGCUGCUGGCCGUGGUGCUCGCAUUUCCCUUCUUUUACUUCUCGGAGGUGGCUGACAGCCAUGGCCGCUUUAUCUGCUACAUCUCCUUCCCCAAAGACGAUCACGUGAACCUCAAACUUGUGAAUCAGAUCGUGGUGGUCGUGUUGGUGUACCUGCUGCCGCUCGUGGCCAUGGCGGUGGCGUACACGAUCGUGGGCGUCACCCUGUGGGGCAGCGAGAUCCCCGGAGACACGGGGGACAAGUACCACGAGCAGCUGCGGGCCAAGCGCAAGGUGGUUAAGAUGAUGAUCGUGGUCGUAUGCACGUUCGCCAUCUGCUGGCUGCCUUACCACGUCUACUUUCUGGUCUACGAGAUCGACAGUGAACUCUUCCAGUGGAAGUACAUUCAGCAGGUGUACCUGGCCGUGUUCUGGCUCGCAAUGAGCUGCUCCAUGUACAACCCCAUCAUCUACUGCUGCCUCAACAACAGGUUCCGCGUGGGCUUCAAGCGGGCCUUCCGCUGGUGCCCCUUCGUGGACGUGUCAAGCUACGAGGAGCUGGAGCUGAAGUCGACGCGGUGCCUGCAGGCGCGCGCCGGCAGCACCUACACGGUGUCGCGCAUCGAGUCCAACCUCACGCUGGUGGCCGAGACCGGGGAGCUGGAGGGCGGCCCCGCGGCCGCGGCGAUGGCGGCCGCGGUAGGAGCGGUGAGCGGAGGAGGAGGAGGAGGAGGAGCAGGGCCUUUCAAGCUUCAGGCGGCCGACAGGGACGGCUGGCUGAGCCCGAGCGCGCGGCGCGGCAACGCGGCCCGCCGAUUCUCGCUCACGAGCGGCGGUGGCGGUGCACGGGACCCCAACAGCGUCUCGCCCAAAAUGGCGGCGCUCACGGCGGAGGCGGCCUGCUCCGUGCCGGGCUCCCGCUCGUCGAGCUUCUACUCGUCCCCGCACACGUCGACGGAGGAGUACUGAGCGUGGCCGCCCCCCCCCCCACCACCACCGACACUUCUUCCCUUUCGCCUGAGCGCCCAGCCUGUGUUGGUUCGUUGAUGGUUGUAGCGCCACGGCAAUGAUCUUUAUCGCCCCCCCCCCCCCACUCCUCUCCCAUAUCAAUGACUGACCAGCUCCGUGCUUAAAGCCCCGGUGUGAUUGUGGCGUUUCGAGAGAUGAUUCUUGACACUGCAUAACCAGGAUUCAUUUUUUGUUUAAAUGCGAUGCAAAUACGGUUUUCGAAAUCGGCCUGCGCGCACGCGCGCUGUCACGUGGCAGGAUCGUGGCAGUAGCUUUGCGGCUUGGGGGAGGCCAUCAUCGAGCGGUGCAUUGAUCAAGGCCGAUGAUGACAAUGAUGAAUGUACAUGAUAAAUAUGUUUUUGGUUCGCGUGUUUUUAACCGCGAGAUCGAUGAUAUGAUCCUAAUGGCGGUACCCUGGGGUACUAAAUAAUACAAAAUGGCCGAGGCAAUUAAAUAUGUUAUUUCUGGGACACUAUAUUUUCCAGGGGUGUACGUAACUUAAAUCAGUAGAAACGCAGCGAGGACGAUGUCGCUGAAACCCUGAAC